AUGUGGUCUGUUUUGACCUUGGCCGCCGUGACAGAUAUUGUACCCUCAUAUGCCUCGAAGAUGGGUAUGAGUUGUGUCCACUGUGGGCAUUGGAGAGAACUGGACAACUUCGGUAUUACGGAAAAUGCGCUGGCUACACGUCGCUUGCGUCUCCUCCCAGGCAGUAGCGCAGACGUCGCCGCCUGGUUGGAGGGCAAGGCGCCAGAGUUGGGCACCCGUGCCACAAAAUUCAUCCUGCGCAAAGACCUGCGCAAGCUGAGCAGGGACACUAACCGCUGGCCAUCUUGGCAACCAACCCUACAUUGGGUGUUACAGUUAGUCAAAUGA